AUCCACCUGACGGGCACGAGACAUGACGUCAUCUAGGUGUUAAACCAAAGUGAGCAAAAUGAGAGCGUCUUACAAACAAAGAUGAAGAAGAGACUGUGGAAGCUGCAGACAGAAUUUAGUUCAUUCCGACUUUGUUAAGAGCGCAGGUGACUAAAAAAACCGAACAAUUUUAUUCCUUUAUUUAUGCUCGCCAAACAUUGUGAUCGUGAACGCAUCGCCGCGACGACUGACCAACUGAUCAUUAGCUUUUGUUUUGGAGGCCAACCCUUGAAGUCUACACAUGGAGUCUGCAGAUGGUCAGCGGGGGCGGGACAGCGGCAGUCAGAGGCGAUCCCCUCUCGAUGUCAUCAUGAGCCAAAUUCGCAGGAAACGCACGUCCUCGGACAGGAAGCCGCUGGGACGCCUGCUGUCCUGGACCUCAGACCGGACAGGGAUCCCUGAGGAUGGACCGACUGAGAGCAGAGAGGAGAGAGGACGGAGCUCAGCGGUUGCAGAGGGCUCAGAGAGCGAGCGUGAUGUCGGCUGGGGUCGAGUACGUGUUUUCCUGCAGAGGUUGGGGAAGAAAGCUGACAGCAGGAGCCUCAGCUUGGCUCACUGUGAUCUCACUGCUACAGAUCUGCUGGAGUUAGCGACGUUGCUCCCGUUCCUCCUUCAGCUGGAGGAGGUAGACGUCUCCUGGAACGAGCUGAUCGGCGGAUGUCUGAAGGGGCUCACGUCUCACCUCCAGCAUGUUCGCGGGAUCAGAGCGUUGAGACUCUGCAGCUGUAGGCUGGGUGCUGAUGACAUCACUGCACUGGGUGAAGCUCUCGAGUGCAUGCCUCUCUUAGAGAUCCUCGAUUUGUCCUGGAACAGUGGUGUCGGGGCUGGCGGACUGCAAGGCCUGCUGGGUAAACUUCAGCCACCAUUAAGUGAGCUCUACCUGAUGGCCUGUCAGCUUACUGCAGCUGAUGCUACUGCACUGGGAGGAAUGGUGUCUGCUCUCGACAGACUGUGCGUGUUGGAUGUCUCCUGUAAUCCUCAACUUACACAGGAAGUUGAUGAAGGCGGCUUCAGAGAGCUGUCCUCCUCUCUCUCUCAGGCUGCCUCCCUCACCAGACUUCGAUUACAGGCCUGCGGUCUGACGGCGGACAGCCUUGAUGCACUCAGUGGUUCACUUCGCUGCCUCCCUUCAGUGCAAGAGUUGGACCUGUCCUGUAACAAAAGUCUAGCUGGAGGACUGGACCGCCUCACCCUCCACCUGGCUCACCUUACACACCUGGAGAGUCUUGACCUUCACCUCUGCUGCCUCACACAUACUGACCUGGAAGCCCUGAUCCAGGUGCUUCCUGCUCUGACGGCGCUGACAGAGCUUGACGUGUCGUCCAAUAAGUCGGUAGGGAUUAUGGUCCACUCGCUGGUCUCCUCCCUUCCUCUGACACAGAUGAGGCAUCUACCGCUCAACAGCUGCAGCCUAAAUAAGGAGUCCUUUACUGCUCUUGCUCUGGCUGUGCCAUACCUCCGCAGUGUGGAUGUUUCCUGGUGUAAAGUGGUUGGUGGUCAUUUAGCGCUGCUCCUGGAUGCUUUGCAACCGUCAGUUAUCACGGAGCUCCGCCUCAGCAGCUGUGAGCUCACCUCUGAUGACCUGCAUCAUCUAGCUGCCGUGUGCAGACGCGGCUGUCUGUCCUCUCUGCGGGUGUUGGAUCUGGCCUACAACGGCUCAGUAGGUGAUGAUGGCUGGUCUGCCCUGUUCGCAGCUGGAGGCCUGGGCUCACUGGAAGACUUGGACCUCAGCCUACGACCACAGACCUCUACUUCCUGCUCAGUCUGGUUGCCUGCGCUGCUGUGUGCUCUGCCUCAACUGCCUGCGCUGACUCGCCUGGCUGUACAACGAUGGACUAUCAGUUCUCAGGACAGACAGAGGCUGAACCACGCCCUGAGGAACAGGAGCAUCCUGCUGGAGUGGGAUCCACCAAACGAAGGCAAAGCAUUGUCACUUAAGGCGACCAAUCAGGAGAGGCCAGAGGAGAGAUGUCCUGAGGAGUAAGGAAUCCAAGUCCUGAAGAUGUUGGAGAGGAUGCUGAUAUCUUCAGUCAUUAAUGAAGGACACCUGAAUUAAAUAACAUCACCAGCACUGAUUUAUUGCACUCUGAAAUUUAAACAGACACAUGACUGCACCAUGUAGCAUGCUGAUGUCUAUUUUUUGUAAUAUUGUGAUCAACAGCUUCUUUUAAAAUACUUAAAAAAAAAAAUUAAUCACAUCAGUCACAUGAAUGCUACCUGAUAUGAAAUACUUGAACAGUCCGAUGUGAAUGCACUGUUUACUUUUACAAGCUUAAAUCUUUGUAAUUAACACCAUGUACCAUGAAAUCUAUGCACCUAACAUUUCAAUGUAAAUAAGAUAAGAUGUACAUUUCAGAUGCACCUUUAAUUUUAAAAAAAAUCUCUCUUUUGGCAUUCA